AUGGGCCUCUUCUCGCGCAAGAAGCAGCGCGAGCCGCCGCCUCCCUCUCCGCAUCCUCCGCCGCUUCCACGAGCCAGCAGCUCGGCACCAGCCACCACCACCCUCGCCACCACCACCACCACCACGUCGACCCACCUCUCGUCGAGCCAGGCCAGCGCGUACGGCCGCAACAGCACCAGCUACGAUGACCGCCCCUCCUCGGCCGCCUACUCGCCCGAGCUCGCGGCGUCGUCCAACUCGCGCGUGUUCCGCGGCCAUGCCGCCCGCGCAGCCUCGUCGAGCACCCUGUCGCUCCCCUCGCUCGGCGCCACCGGUCGCGGCGACAUGGGCGGCGCACCGCGCCAGCGCCAGGCGUCGGCGACGGCGACCAUCAUGUCGUCCGUCGACGAGCACGACCCGCCGGCGGCGCACGCCGCCGCCUCGUCGGGUGCGCAGGGCGGGAGCAAGUGGGGGACCAAGUGGAAGUUUGGGCGAGGGAGCAAAGGGAGGCAGGGCAGCUCGUCGAGCGCGGCGGCGGGAGGGGACGGGCCCGGGUUGGGCCUCGUCGACGACGGCGACGGCGACAGCGGGUUCGUCGUGCGCUCGUUCCGCACCGUGUCGCGUGUACAGGAGGACCGCGCACCUUUGUCUUCGUCGGCGUCGGCCGUCCAGCAGCCGCCACCACCGCCAGUGCCGCCCCUGUCGUACCACCCCAACCCGAAGCCUGCCGUCGCCGCACAGCAGGACCCGCACCAGCCCGACAGCCUCUCGCACGAGCCGCAAGAGUCGCUGCGCACCUCGAUCGACUUUAACAACCCGAGCAACCACUCGCGGCCGCCCUCGUCGUUCCACUACCCUCGCCGCCCGUCCCUCGCCACCCUCGGCGGCGGCGGCGGCGCGCACGCCUCGUCGUCCUCGAGCGCAUGGGAGCGCGCUCCCUCGCCCACCAUGACGGCCGAGGCGUUCCGGUUCCGCUCGCGGUCGACCCUCUCGCUCGCGUCCGCGACCGACCUCGCGCUCGGGCCCGGACCCGGACCCGGACCCGCGCUCGACUCGUCGGACCCGCACGCGCCGCGCGAGCGCCCGCGCUUCGAGCCGCAACAGCGGCCCGCGAGCGCACGCCGCGGGUCGACCUACUCGGAGCUCGGUGCGUCGACCUCGUCGUCGAUCCUGGCGCCGCCCCGCCCGUCGUUCGUCGGCAUGCACAGCAACAGCUCGAACUCGUCGAUCGGCUCGCGCGCGUCGUCGAGCAACGGCGCGGGUGCGGCGGCGGCGGCGGCGGCGAGCGCGCCGUCGUCGCCGGGUGCGGGCGCGAGUCGGCUCGACCAGUCGAGGCGCACGAGCAUGAGCUACGAGCGCCCGAGCAUGAGCACGUCGACCUCGCUCUUCUCGAUGGCGUCGUACUCGACCGCGCAGCAGCAGCAGCCGCCGCCGUCGUCGUCGUCGCCGUCGCGCUCUGGCAACUCGACGCCCGUCCGCCUUUCGACUCGACACGCGUCGCCCGCCACGUCCCCGACCACCUCGACAGCCCCAAGCGCACUCGUGCACGAGCGUCGCCCGGCACCGCCGCAGCGCAUGUCGACCGACGACUCGGAGCUGCGCCUCAUCGCCGCGUACGGCGACAUGCUCAACUCGAGCCCGCCCGUCGCGUCGCCGCUCGAGCUCGAGCCCGAGCCCGGUCCCGAGCGCCUCGCGUCGUACGCCACGCCGCGCAAGGUCAGCUACGGCCCGGGCGAGGGCGCCGCCACUCCCGCCGUCGCCGUCCAGCCGCCGACGCCGCAGAGCGUGCCCGGGUUCGCGAGCGCGCCGGUCGCAUCGUCCUCGGCGUCGCGCAGCCCGCCGCCGAGCACUACGCGCCGCGCGUCGACGCUCGUGCCGCGCCCACAGCGCUCGUCGUCGCUGUUCAACGAGUCGGCUCAAGCCGCGCUCGCCGCCAUGGGCGUCGGCACCGCGCCUCCUCGCGCCCCGGCCCCGGCCGCAGCCGCACGAGCGCCGCGCGCCAAGGGCAAGAACGCGGUGUACCCGUCGCGGGGUGGCGCAGGCGGGUGGGCGAGCGACUCGAGCGAGGGCGAGGAGCGACUGUCGAGCUCGUCGGACGAGGACGACGGCGACGAGCGCGACGGGUCGUCGAGCGACGACGAGGUGCCGCUCGCGCAGAUCCGCAGCCGCAGCCAGGUCGACCUGUCGCUCCCGGCGUCGACGUCGGCGUCGGCGUCGGCGUCAUCGGCGCGAGCGAGCAUCGACGGCGGGAGCGCACGGGCCCCGCCGCCGCCGCCGCUGCCGAGCCGCCACGACGGGCGCGACCUGUACCGCAAGCCGAGCAGCGAGCUCGAGAUCCUGCGCGACCAGCACUCGCCGCCGGUCGCGGGCUCGUUCGGCGGCGCGCGCGACAAGGCGCACCACCAGGCCCACCAGCAGCAACAGCAGCAGCAGCAGCUCGGCAUGGGCAACCCGCUCGUGCGCCGCGGGUCGAAUCGUCGCAGCCUGUCGACGCUCAGCUUCUCGACGUCCAUGACGGCGUCGCAGCAGGCGACGGCCGUCGCGGCCGCGUCGGCGAGUACGGGCGUCCCGGGCGCUGUCGCGACGGCGCCGCCCUCGCCCGCCCGGAGCGGCGCUACGGCGACUCGCGGCAUCCUGCGCCCGCCAUAUGGCGCGAGGUCCGUCUCGAAUCCGGCGUCGCCGACCGUCCAGGCGUUCCAGUCGUCGUCGUCGUCGUCGUCGGGCAUCCCGCCCGUCCCGGCGCUGCAGGACGCUGUGCACCCGCCGGUCGCCUCGCCGCUGUUUGCGUCGGUCACGGCGCGCGACCGCUCAUCGGCGUCGGCGUCGGCGUCGUCUGGCUCGGGCUCGGCGUCGACCUCGUCGGUGCCCAUCACGCCCAAGGACUCGCCCUCGGCGUCGCACCUCGGCUUCCCGUCCUCGUCGCUCCACCUCCAGCAGCAGCAGCAACACCUCGGCGGCGGCGAGUCGACGGGCGCCAGCGCACUCGGCAAACCGUCGGUCAAGUUCGACCCGGUCGCGUCGCAGACGGACGCUGCAGGGUGGAACCGCGGUCGGCGCCUGAGCGCCAUCACGAGCUCGGCCGCGAGCGCGCUCGGCGCUCCUGUACCUCUACCGCAGCAGCAGCAGCAGCAGCAGCAGCCGUCGCUCGCCCACCGCGCGACGCCGAGCAUGCCGCACCUCGGCGCCGGGUACGCCGCCUCGUCGGCUCGCGGCUCGUCGCAGCAGCAGCACCUCAACCCUCGCUCCUCCGCCCUCGCCUCGGCCCGCUCGAGCAUGUCGGCCGCCGCGCCCCACACGCGCGCGAGCUCGACCGCGUCGGCGUCGAACGGGCCCUCGACGGCUCCGUCGUCCAUCACGGCCGUCGACGACGGCGUGUACGACCGCAUGAAGGCGCGGCACAAGGCCGAGGCGCUCGAUGCGCUCCGGAUCGGGCGCGACCUGAACCACCCGAGCGGGCUGGUGCCCGAGCGCACGGCCGUCGGCGGCGGCGGCGGCGGCGAGAGCAGCGACGAGGACGAGCCGCUCGCCAACUUGCCGACCAAGGGCAGCGUGCUCGGUGGGGCGGGAGGGAGCGUCAUGGGCGGUGGAGCGGGCAGCAUGAUGGGCGGCAUGCAUCCGCAGAUGGCCAUGGGCAUGGGCGGCGCGUUCUCGCCCCUCGCCGUCGCACCGCCGGGCGUCGACCCUUACCUCUACGCCUCGCUCCCGCUCGACCAGAAGAUGUCGUUGCACCAGCGCGCCGCCCAGAUGAUGCAGAUGAUGCACCAGGCGUCGCUCCAGGCUCGCGCCGAGAGCGUCGUCGCCGGCAGCAUGCUCGGCGGGCACGACGGCUCGUCGAACCAGUCGUUCCGCGGCGGCCUCGGCGGCAGCGGCGGCGGCAUGGGCCACGGCUCGAGCAUGAGCCUCGGCUCGUUCGACCAGUUCGCCCAGGGCGGCGCCGGCGCAGGGUACGGCCAAGGGCACGGGCCACACCAGCACUCGUCGAGCAUGCAGCUGCCGCCGUUCGCGCCGAGUUUCGCCAUGUCGCAGCCGUUCUUCCACCCGGCGCAGUACUCGCAGGCGCCGUCCCUGUACGGCAUGCCCGCGUACGCCGGCUCGGCCCUCGGAUUCUCGACGGGCCCGAUGAGCGCGUACGGCGGCGGCGGCGGCGGCGCACCGCAGUCGGUCAUGGGCCACCCGGCGUCGACGGGCCAGCUGCGCGCGAGCGGCGGUCGCGGCGGCGGCGCGAGGGCGGCGUCGACGAUGGGCACCGCGCCGAGGCGGCCCUGA